ACAGGCCGAGUCCCUGUGAGGCUAAGACCGAAGUCUCGCCGCCGGUCGGCUGGCUGCGCCCCGGCGGAUCGCCGCGUCGCCUCCUUGGACACCACCUCGGUCGCCGCAGAGAUGGCAAAUCCUGAAGUUGUUAUAAGUAACUACAGCUCUCUGGAAGAGGAAAAUCACUACACUUUUAACCAGAAUACAUUUUCCUCGGAGCAGCUUCUAUUAGAAGACCAGAUGAGGCAAAAAGUCAUUUUUUUUUUCAUGAACCCUUGUGAGAAGUUCCGGACUCAAGGUAGAAAACCGUGGAAACUUGGCACACAAAUUCUAAAAAUUGUAAUGGUGACGAUCCAGCUGAUCCUGUUUGGGCUAAGUAACCAGAUGGUGGUAGCUUUCACGGAAGAGAACACUAUAGCAUUCAAACACCUCUUCCUAAAAGGAUAUGUAGAUGUGAACCAAUUGGAUGACACCUAUGCAGUAUACACACAAAGUGAUGUUUAUGAUCAGAUCAUCUUUGCAGUAAACCAGUACUUGCAGCUGUGCAAUGUCUCAGUUGGGAAUCACGCUUACAAGAGAGAGGGUUCGGAGGAAUCUCCUAUGGCAAUCUGUCAGCACUUCUACAAGCAAGGAAACAUCUUUCCUGAAAAUGACACCUUUGACAUUGAUUCUGAAAUUGAAACUGAAUGUUUCUUUAUAGAGCCACAUGAAUCUGUUUAUAUUGGAACACUAGAAGAAAAUAAACUCAAUUUAACACUGGACUUUCACAGACUUCUAACAGUGGAGCUGCAGUUUAAACUAAAGGCCAUUAAUCUGCAGACCAUUAGUCAUCAGGAGCUUCCUGACUGUUAUGACUUUACAGUGACUAUAACAUUUGACAAUAAGGCCCAUAGUGGAAGAAUUAAGAUAAGUUUAGAAAAUGACAUUUCCAUCAAAGAAUGUAAAGAUUGGCAUAUAUCUGGAUCAAUUCAGAAGAACACUCAUUACGUGAUGAUCUUUGAUGCCUUUGUAAUUCUGACAUGUUUGGCUUCAUUAAUGCUGUGCAUUCGAUCUGUGAUUAGAGGACUUCAACUUCAGCAGGAAUAUACCAAGUUUUUCCUCCUUUACUAUAAGAAGGAAGUUUCUGUUUCUGAUAGAAUGGAAUUUGUCAAUGGAUGGUACAUUACAAUUAUCAUUAGUGACAUAUUGACAAUCACUGGAUCAGUUCUGAAAAUGGAAAUCCAAGCUAAGAGUCUAGCAAGUUAUGAUGUCUGUAGCAUACUUCUUGGGACCUCUACCAUGCUUGUGUGGCUUGGAGUCAUCCGAUACCUCGGUUUCUUUCAGAAGUACAAUCUCCUUAUUCUCACCCUGCAGGCAGCACUGCCCAAUGUCAUCAGGUUCUGUUGCUGUGCAGCUAUGAUUUAUUUAGGCUAUUGCUUCUGUGGAUGGAUUGUGCUGGGGCCUUACCAUGAUAAGUUCCGUUCUCUGAACAUUGUCUCUGAGUGCCUUUUCUCUCUGAUAAAUGGAGAUGAUAUGUUUGCCACAUUUGCAAACAUGCAGCAAAAAAGUUACUUGGUCUGGUUGUUUAGCAGAAUCUACCUCUACUCAUUCAUCAGCCUUUUCAUAUAUAUGGUUUUAAGUCUUUUCAUAGCGCUGAUCACUGAUACAUAUGAAACGAUUAAGCAUUACCAACAACAUGGCUUCCCAGAGACUGACCUGCGUACAUUUAUAUCAGAGUGCAAAGAUCUACCCAAUUCUGGAAAAUACAGAUUAGAAGAUGACCCUCCAGUAUCUAUAAUCUGCUGUUGUAAAAAGUAGCUAUCAGGCUAAUCUGUGCUCUCAAGGGAAAUAAAGGGGGCUGAGUUGGGAGACUGUAUAGAUACUUUAAGAUCAGGUGUAAUGCAUUCAAAGACUAAUACUAUUUUGAGCAAAUUGAUGGCUAUAAUCCAUCAAGAACUAUGUUUGUAUUUUUAAAAGCAAUAUUUAAUGUCUUUGUAGCUUUAUGUUUGGUUUAUUUAAAAAACAACUAACCUUAAUGAGGGAAGCUUUCUUGUUUACUUUGCCAUAGCUUUAGAAUGGCCCUCUUUCCUCUAGCUUUUACAUUUUUUCUUCUAGCUAUUCUGACUGUGCUGUGUCAUCAGUGGAAAAUAAUGCCUGGUUUGACUUCAGAUAGCUCACUAACCCUGGCCUGGACCACUCUCAGGGUUCCAUCCCCAAGACAGAGGUUGAUUGCUAUAUAUCCAGUAAUCAUUGCAUUUUAAAACCUUCUCUUAAAAGGUAGAAUAAGAAAGCAACCACCACCACCAGGUAACAGCCUAAUAUUUGAUUCUGAAGGACAACUGUUACCUGGCUGCUUUUAGUUGUGGAGAGGACUGGGUUUUUAAGCAUUCGUGUAUAAGUUUUCUCUUCUUCUUCAAUGUUAAAGUACAAACUUGAAACUUGUAUAUUCUAUACAUAUAUGAAAACUAAAGUGCAUACCAAAUGCAAUUUCAAUUUCACAAUGAUUAUUUUCUUAGUACUUGCGUGGCCUUCUGAAAAACUGAUUUACUGUGCCCAUUAGAGGCACGUUCAGUCUCUCAGAAAAGAAUAGUGUUUGGGGUCAGGAACUGUGGUUUCUUGGGGGAGAUGUUCUAUAACUCACAUUAAACAUAUUUUGGAAAACAAUUAUGCUCAAACUUUAAAAAUAAGUGGGGAAUGUAAGCCUUAAAAAGACAUUAAAAGCAAGCCUCCACAUCUAACAGACCACUGAUUAGAAGUUUCAGGGAUUUUCACAACAUGAAUUCUUGUAUUAUGUGUUAUUUAUUCAAAUAGAAAUGAAUUCAAUGAUGUACAAUGAAAGUUUUCUCAAAGUAAACUCUUUUUUUUAAGUAAACUGAUUUGUUAAAUUUUUUUGUCUUAAGGACUAAAUGAAGAUAACCUUGAGACACUGAAAUCUUAUUAACAUAGCAUAUUAGGGGAAAAGAAGAGGCUUUUAAAAGGGAAAAAGAAGAGGCUUUUAAAAUAGUGGUUGACAUCAUUCACAACAGAAACAAAAUUAUAAAUUAUCCAGCAAUUAACCUAAGGUAGCAAGUAGAAAUGUUAAAUUCUUAAAUGUUAAAAUGUGAGGCUUUACAAUGAGUAUAAACUAUUUUUGUAGUACCUGUGGCUUUUAAAAAAUAGAAAAUCUAAAUCUCUAGGUAAGUAUAUUUAUCUUUCGUCCAGUUCUAACAUUUAUAUCACAAUCAAUUUUAGAAUUCACUAGAAUGCAUUGUGAAUCUUGGAAUCAUGUUUAUUAUCUGAUAAAUGCUUUACUUUACUCCUUGUGAGACUUCUGGAUUAGAAGUAAUACUUCAAUGGAAACAUGAAACCACUGACCCAGUGUUGGGUCUGGAGUUUUACUUUGCCCUGAAGUCAUUAUGUUUCUGCUGUGGAAUUAUAGCCAAUAACUUGG